AUGGUUCUUCAAGAUCUUGGACGGCGCAUUAAUGCCGCCGUCAGCGACCUCACCAGGUCAAGUAAUCUGGAUGAAAAGGCCUUCGAAGGCAUGAUCAAAGAGAUAUGCGCCGCCCUCCUCGAAGCCGAUGUAAAUGUACGCCUCGUAGGCAACCUACGAAAAUCCAUCAAAUCCUCUGUAAAUUUCAAAGAGCUACCUCCGGCCGUGAACAAGAAACGUCUCAUCCAGAAAGCCGUCUUCGAUGAGCUGGUCAAGCUCGUUGAUCCACACGCCGAACCAUUCAAGCCGAAAAAGGGUAAACCUAAUAUCAUCAUGUUUGUUGGAUUACAGGGUGCCGGAAAGACAACGACAUGUACGAAGCUGGCGAGGCAUUAUCAAUCGAGGGGGUUCAAGGCGUGUCUGGUUUGCGCCGAUACCUUCCGUGCUGGUGCUUUUGACCAGUUGAAGCAGAAUGCGACCAAGGCGAAGAUUCCGUACUACGGAUCCCUUACACAAACUGAUCCGGCUGUGGUAGCAAAGGAGGGAGUAGAGAAGUUCAAGAAAGAGAAGUUUGAGAUUAUAAUCGUAGAUACCAGUGGACGACAUCGACAAGAAGAUGCCCUGUUCCAGGAGAUGGUGGAUAUUCAAACAGCUGUUAAGCCUGACCAAACUAUCAUGGUUCUGGAUGCAAGCAUCGGACAACAAGCCGAGGCGCAAAGUAAAGCUUUCAAGGAGACUGCAGAUUUCGGUGCCAUUAUAAUCACUAAAACCGAUGGCCAUGCAAGUGGAGGUGGUGCUAUUUCAGCAGUUGCUGCAACACAUACUCCCAUUGUUUUCAUCGGCACUGGAGAGCACAUGUUGGACUUGGAAAAGUUUGCACCACAGCAGUUCGUAUCGAAACUACUGGGAAUGGGAGACAUGCAAGGACUGGUGGAACACGUCCAAUCUUUGAAGCUUGAUCAAAAAGAUACCAUGAAGCAUAUCGCCGAAGGAGUCUUUACCGUACGCGAUCUCAGGGACCAGCUAUCAAACAUCAUGAAGAUGGGACCGUUAUCAAAGAUGGCAGGUAUGAUCCCAGGAAUGUCAGGCAUGAUGCAAGGUAUGGAUGAUGAAGAGGGCUCCAUGAAGCUCAAACGCAUGAUCUACAUCUGCGAUUCCAUGACAACAAAAGAGCUAGAUAGCGACGGCAAGAUGUUCCUCGACCAACCUACACGGAUGACCCGGAUAGCAUGCGGAAGUGGAACAAGUGUCCGUGAAAUUGAGGAUCUGCUUACGCAGCACAAGAUGAUGGCUGGUAUGGCAAAGAAGAUGGGUGGUAACAUGAAGAACAUUCAAAAGGCACAAGCAGCCAUGGGCGGUGGAAACAAGCAACAGCAAAUGGCUGCGAUGCAGAAGCGCCUGGCAAGCAUGGGUGGCGCAGGCGGUGCUGGAGGUGGUGGAAUGCCGGAUAUGUCAUCUUUGAUGAAAAUGAUGGGAGGUGGUGGUGGUGGCGGGAUGCCAGGAGGAAUGGAUAUGCAGGCGAUGAUGAAGCAGAUGGGCGGAAUGAUGGGUGGGGGUGGUGCCGGGGCUGGAAGAGGACGACGGUAG